AAAAGUCCCGUCGGCCAAUGGGAGCGGCCGGGGCUCCCUGCCCCGAUUUGGGAUGGAACCAAGCGAAAUCGGAAGCGCGCGGCCGGUUGGAGGAUUUGGAGCUGGGCCCGGGCCAGAUGCUGCGGGGAUGGGCCCCGAGAGAUCGGGCUCUGCGCCCCUGCCCUGCACCCUGCAGCCAGUGAGAGAGCCAGGCUUCGUGCCCCUUCCCUUCUUCUUCCGGCACGACUCCCCAAUGUCCUGGGACCUCUGCGACCCUAUCCCGGCUGCCGAGAGCCCGGGCUCGUGGGAGAGCAGCUUGCAGUGGGAUGGAGGGUCUCUGGUCAUCGCCAAUUCUUCCCAGGGGCAGCCGGGGACGCCAGGGGGAGUUGGCUCCAUCUCCCCCCAGCCACCUCUGGAUCUCUCCGGGUUUCCUUUGGCCGAGCCCUGGGACGGCCUCUUGCCAGAUGCCCCCGCUGACGCAGCCCCUGAUUUCGUUCACCCCCUGGUGAUGGCUGCCCACCUGGAUCCCAGUGUGCCAUGGUUGAUGUCGAGGAUAAAUCCAGCUGGAUUUACCUCCACUCCACCACCUCUGGAUCCUGCUAGUUUUCCGUUGCCUGAGCUCUGGAACGGGCCCCACAUGGAUGCCCCUCCUGCCGCAGCCCCCGAUCCCACUCUGCCCCCCGUGGCUGCUGCCUGCCUGGAUCCCACAGACAGACACCCAACAUCCAAGACAAAUCCAGUUGAGGCCCCGGGGGAAACUGGAUUUACCCCCACGCCACCACCUCUGGAUCCUGCUGGUUUUCCGUUGCCCGAGCUCUGGACCGGGCCUCACAUUGACGCCCCUCCUGCCGCAGCCCCCGAUCCCACUCUGCCCCCUGUGGCUGCUGCCUGCCUGGAUCCCACAGACGGACCCCCGACAUCCAAGACAAAUCCAGACUUGGCUGAAGUCUCGGCCUACGUCUCUCAGACCCUAAGCUGCCACCCAAAGGGUAUGAGAGUGAAACCAUUGAUGAAGAGGCUGCUGAAGGAGCGUGGGGUGGACCUGUUGGCGUUCAGCCAGGACGGGGGGUACCAGGGAGUCGUGUCCUUCCUGCAGGAGGUGCCGGGUAUCGAACUCUGGAAUCCCGAGAAGGGAGAGAAGUGUUGUGUUCUGAGCUGUACCUUUAAGAAGAGUGCUGCUGUGAAGCUCCCUGCCCCACAGCCACCCCCAGACCCCCCCGCUGCCCCAUCGGCCCAGCACAGCAGCAGCCCCCCGCCCAAUGCCCCUGCCCCCCCCUUGCAGUCUGCCGACGGGGAGCCCGGGGGAGCCCCAGGGGAGACACCCGGCUUGGCCGAGGUCUUGGCCUGGGUGCAGGAUGUGCUGGGCCGCUUCCCGCUGGGGCUGAAGGUGGGCAAGCUGAAGGAGGCGCUGCGGAGCGAGCGCGGGCUGGACCUGGAGGAGCUGAGCCGGCAACGGGGCUGCGGGGACGCCCUGCACUUGCUCCGGGCUCUGCCCCACCUCUGGCUGGGGGACCCGGGCAAGGGCGACGCUUGCCUCGCCCGGCUGAGCGCGGGUGCUGCUGUGAAGCUCCCUGCCCCACAGCCACCCCCAGACCCCCCCGCUGCCCCAUCGGCCCAGCACAGCAGCAGCCCCCCGCCCAAUGCCCCUGCCCCCCCCUUGCAGUCUGCCGACGGGGAGCCCGGGGGAGCCCCAGGGGAGACACCCGGCUUGGCUGAGGUCUUGGCCUGGGUGCGGGAUGUGCUGGGCCGCUUCCCGCUGGGGCUGAAGGUGGGCAAGCUGAAGGAGGCGCUGCGGAGCGAGCGCGGGCUGGACCUGGAGGAGCUGAGCCGGCAGCGGGGCUGCGGGGACGCCCUGCACCUGCUCCGGGCUCUGCCCCACCUCUGGCUGGGGGACCCGGGCAAGGGCGACGCCUGCCUGGCCCGGCUGAGCGCAGAUACUGCUGUUAAUGCCCCUGUGCCCCCUGCCCCCUCCCGGCCUGCUGAGGCGGGGGGGCUGGGUGCCGCGGGCCCAGCGAGGCGGAUGCGGGGCCAGCGGUGGGUGGCAAAGCCCGGUGCAAUGGAGACGUUGAUCCGGGGCGCCCUGGCCCCCUGCCCCUUUGGUAUGCGGGUGAAGAGUCUGAAGAAGCUGCUGGCGGGGAAGCAUGGAGCCAAGCUGGAGGCCUUCAGCCAGGCCAGAGGCUACAGGGACGUGGUCUCCUUCCUGGGGGACGUCCCGGGACUCAUGCUCCGGGACCCAGAGAAGGGCAACAACUGCGUCGUGCAGCUCCAGAGAGGUGCGACCGAGGUCCUGAGGCUGCUCAAGUGCCUGCUACGCCCAUACAAGUCUGGCCUGCGGCUGCAGAAGGUGCAGGAGUUGCUGCUGGAGAGACAUAGGCUGGAUCUGAAGCGGUUUGUCAGCUCCCAGGGCGAGGAGGACGUGCUGGGAUUCCUGCAGAGGCGCCUGCCCGCGCUGGAGUACAGGCAGGCGGAGAAGGGGGAGAAUUGUAUCGUCUGGCUGGGGACAGGGCAGAAGAAAGGCUCUGGAUCUUUGCCCCCUGACAGUGCCCGCCCUCUUCUCGGCUCCAAGAGGUGCCUCCUCCCAACGAAUGCUGCAGUGCGCCCGGCCCCACCCGCCACCGACUGCCUCAACCCUCGGCUGCCCAGUGCUACCACCAACCGACCUCUGCUUCCCAGCCUGCCCUCGGGCCGGGAGCCCUUCCGCGCCCCAGCUGUCCUGGGCAAGCUGGGAAAAUCCCCAGGGGCCAACCCCCGCCUCCCAGCCUGGUUACUGAGCCCACCCAGGCCCACCGGCACCUGCUCAGGCCUGCGAGCAUUGAAGGGAACCCAGGAGUCCGGGGCCAGGCCUGCCAGCGUGCCCUUGGCCCUGCGAGCAGAGGAGGGGACCCAGGAGCCCGGGGCCAGGCUUGCCAGCGCCCCCUUGGCCCUGCGAGCAGAGGAGGGGACCCAGGAGCCCGGGGCCAGGCCUGCCAGCGCACCCUUGGCCCUGCGAGCAGAGGAGGGGACCCAGGAGCCCGGGGCCAGGCCUGCCAGCGCCCCCUUGGCCCUGCGAGCAGAGGAGGGGACCCAGGAGCCCGGGGCCAGGCCUGCCAGCGCCCCCUUGGCCCUGCGAGCAGAGGAGGGGACCCAGGAGUCCGGGGCCAGGCCUGCCAGCGCCCCCUUGGCCCUGCGAGCAGAGGAGGGGACCCAGGAGUCCGGGGCUCAGCCCCCUGAGGACCUGAGGGAGCUGAAGCAGAAGGUGGUGGCCAUCCUGGCCGGACACCCCGGGGGCAUGUCCCUCUUCCAGUUCCGCGCCGCAUACAGCGCUGCCCACCAGCACCCGCUGCCCCUGGGCCGCACGGCUUCCACCAAGCAGCGGCUGGCACAGAUGCCCGAUGUGGUGAGGAUGCAGGGCUGCGGGGUGCAGAUGCUGCUGCUGCCAGUGGACCCCAAUGGACCCCCCGGGGGAGAGCCUGGUCUUGCCCUGUGGAUCCCGCAAGAAGCUGCUGUCCUGUCUGGGGACCCCGACGACCCAUCUGACCCCCCUCCUUCCCCUGCUGUGCCUGACCCAGCUGGGGACUCCCAUGUUCCAGCCAAGCCCUGUUCCACUCUGUCCGAGAUCCCCGCAGCUCCCAUCCUGACUGGGGACCCCAGAACUCCAGCUGAGUCCCCUCCCCUGCCUGCAGCUCCCAGCCUGACUGCGGCCCCUGACACCCCAGCUGAACCCCUUCCCUCCCUGGCCGAGAUCUCUCCGGUCCUCACAGCUCCUGACCAAGCUGGGGACACCAAAGUCCCAAUCAAGCCCCCUCCCACCUUUGUGGCUCCAAGACAGGGGCCGAGCUCCCAGGCCUUUCAGUGCCCAGAGGCCACCAGACCUGAAGCCAGCUGGGAGUUACCCAACUUGGUGCCCAGUGCCCCCGUGGUUCUCCCAGCAUCGGGGCCAGGCAGCAGCUCAUGGUUCAAGCUUGGGGCAGAGUCUCCCCCCACCCCGGGUGAUCCUGGUGCUGCUGCUCGACCGGUCGUGUACCCUCCUCCCCAGGAGGUCCCCCUGGCCCCUGCUGCAGACUCAGAGCUGCCCUCCCUGUGCCCAGCGGCACUGGGGCCACCCCAGGCCCGGCUCAAGCGGGUCCAACUGGUGCCUCCCUUCCAAGACCACCCCUCGGCUGGGGAUGCCCCUCAGGCACAUCCGGUCCUUAAAACCCUGGGUCAGAACCAGGGCACAUCAGCAGCUGUGGGAUCGCCUGUGGGCCCAAUCCCUGCAGAUCCAUCCACGGGCCAGGCCAUCUCCCCUGCUAAGCAGCUCCCAGUGGUGGCCCCGGAUCCCCUCCCACCUCCAGAUGCCAGUGUCUUAGCGACCCCCGACCAGGGCUGGCCAGAGACUGGGCCAGGUGGAGAUAUUGGCUCUCCUGUUGACCCCUUGUGGCGCUGCAGUCCCACCCAGCUGGUCCCCUCUGCAGGGAGGACCCAGCCGGGCCCGUGCGGCGAGAUCCCCUCCGCCCCACCGGCCCACUCCCCACCACGCAACACUGACACCUGCAUUUUCCUAUAGCCACCGCUCGCAACUCGGGCUGGCGACUCUGGGGUGGAGCAGGUCAGCCUGCGGCUAACUCAGCACAAUGGCUGCAGGAGAGGUCGGGAAAUGAACCCCUGUGAUUUCCCCAGCAGGGGCCCCUGGGGCAUUUCUCCCCCCAGGAUUUGAUUGAGGAGUGACGAUCUCUUUAGUGGGCUUGAAAAUGUUGGCUUACAACUUUAAAGAAGUGGCCACUGACUAUUUUGUGGGGGGAGGUGGCUUAACUUCAGGACUCCCAACUCCAGACCCGCCCUGAGCCCACCCCCCCAGCUCCACCGAAUCGCGAGUGCUUGGUGGUUUUGGAAACCAGUCAUGGCUUUUCAACCGCACGUUGUCCCAAACCGCUGGCCACUUCCUGAAAGCGGUGGCCCACCCUGACGGCUCGGGGAAAACGGCCUGGGCCCUGCGUGCAGCAUUUACGUUUUAUCCAUUAAAUUUUCUACGACGCGGCA